AUCGAUUACUAAAUGCUCAGUUGUUGCUUGCUUGCUUGCUUGCUGAAAAAAAAAAAAAAAAACAGCAACCUACAAGUUCCAUAAUUCAGGGUAGUACUUAAGAGGUUAUUUGGCUCCUGUCUGACAUUUGUGCAAAGCAAACAGUGACACAAUUCCAGUACACACGUAUGUAAAGUGUGUGACCAGUAUAUUAUUUUCUGAUUUUUGGCCAUGGUGUACAUUAAAUAAUUAAAUGCAGUGAUAAGAUACGAGAAAUAACUCGUGACUUCCGUUUUUCCUAAGGUUGGCAAUACCGGUGAAGUAAUAUUCAUCAAGGUGGCACGACUUUCUCGGGUGGGGCUGUGCUAUGGCAAGGAAAUAAGCCUCCUAUUGCAUAGGAGUUUCACCCAUUACAGGUUUAACUACGAGCGUAACGUACAGUGUACAGCACCUCAUGUGCCUGUUUGCACUGUAUGAAUAUUACAUGGCGUUCUUCAGAUUGAAUUACUUUGAAAUGAAGUUUGUUGAGGAAUUGGCAACAGAUGAGACAGUAUCCAUUUUAAAACAUACGAGCCAUAUUCAAAAACAGUGUUCAUGCUAUUUGCAAUACGAGUUCACAAACAUGACACAGGAAACUGUCAUUCGUCAAAUGGCGUUUUGAUUGAGGUGAUUUAUAAACGGUCAGAAGAGAGAGUUAGAAAGUUUUAUUAUAUUGUUACGAAAUUCAAAACAAAGCCAUACUUCCAGAGUACUUGCAUUUCUUGUCCCCGAAAUAUGCUGUGCCGGUAGUACUAGUACUAUUCGAUGUAGAAAAUCAUAAAAUAUAUUACAGUAGAUCGUUGAUGGCAGUAUCAGGAAAUAAGUUUUAUACUUACUACAGUGAACUUGUUGUAGAGGGGGCUCAAAUGCGUGCAGCACAAGUAGCGCCACAUUUUGAAUGGUCCUGAUAAAAAAAUUAAAAAAGAAUAGACAGUACGCUCAUAAAAUAUAUCUGUUUAAAGCUGCAACAAAACAACAUAAAACAUGAGAUUUCGAGCUAAAAUGAUCGACAUAGGCUGCCUUAACCAUUUUACACGUGUGGUGAAUACAAUCUCCAAACUAACUAAGACAUGCACACUGCGACUCACUACAGACAAGCUGUAUUUCAUCCUGUCUGAUAAAGUUGCCAAUGGGGGUGUCAGCAUGUGGUGUGAGUUAUCCCAGGGAAACUUUUUUGAUGAGUUUCAACUGGAGGGGAUAUCGACUGAACACAAUGAGAUCUACAUGGAUUUGACUGCUGAGAAUCUUUCCAGGGCUUUGAAAACAGCCCACAAUGCCAAGUCACUUAAAAUCAAGCUGACAAACAAGCAUUGCCCUUGUAUUACUGUGGCUGUUGAACUGCCAUCCUUGUCAAGAGUCAGUCGAGUUGUCACGCAUGACAUUCCUGUGGGCGUUAUACCAAAAAAACUUUGGAAUGAUUUCAAGGAGCCCAGUGUGCCAGAUUUCGAUGUUAGUAUAUAUCUGCCUCCACUGAAGACAAUGAAGAAUGUUGUGGAGAGAAUGAAGAACCUGUCCAACUUUCUUGUGCUGGAAGCCAAUUUAAACGGGGAGAUGAAUUUGAAGAUUGAAACUGAUUUGGUAUCUGUCACCACGCAUUUCAAAGAUCUUGGAAACCCUUCUUGGGGUGAUAACGGAUCUCAAGACUCCAGCCAGGAUAGAGACCCUGAGACAAUGAUGAAUGUUAAAGUGGACAUAAGGAAACUUCUGCAAUUUCUUGCUGGUCAGCAAGUCAAUCCAAGCAAAGUAAUAUGUAAUAUUGUCAACAAAAGGAUUGUUCACUUUAUUCUGCUACACGAAGAUGUGUCUCUGCAGUACUUUAUACCAGCGCAUGCAUAAUUCAGACUUGGAACUGAAAUUCACUUCAUUAAAGCAAAGUGUCUUUCAGCAGUGUAUAUGAAAAAGAAAACUCUGGGUUGUUUUAGUACGUACAAGCUGGGUGUCGUUUAACAGUCAAGAAAUGCUUUCUUUGCUAUUACUUGUACUGUCUCUGCUGUGCUCAGUUGAAAGUUUACCUUAGUACAGGUUAAGUAUGUCACUGGGAUUUGCCAAUAUUUUCCAGUAUUUCAGUUGUUCUUGGUAAGAUUAUAUUUAAUGUCUGUAAAUAAUAAAUGUGUAUGCCUUUGUUCUUUUUUAUCAGGCAUUGUUGUGUACUUUUUUUAGGGGAACAACACAAUAAAGAAAAUACUACAGU